AUGGGCAAUACUCCUUCCGCAACAUACCCAGGACCGGCUAUUCCCAGAAGCAAAAGGAACCUUUGCAAAAGGAGAGAUAAUAGCUUACACGGCUUGGAAUGUCAUUGCACUAAAGAAGAUAUAGAGAAACAAAGAGAUGCAUGCCGGCAGUUCAAAAGAACAUGGGAGUUUGCUGAUCAUUAUAAAUGUUUUGUCUCCACAAACCGGACUUUAUGCCAGCUCCAUGAAAGGUUUGCCCACUACGGACCGUAUCGGCGUGAAGAACCUAGGGCAUCCACUGACCUUAAUAUAAAAGUAGACUCGGUGUUGAUAGUAUUAGGUUCUGAGAAUCAACAAAAUGUGAUGAUCGGCACGGGGAUGAAUGUUGGUGCUAAACAAUUGCAUUCUAUCUUCAGUGAGUGUGGUCUGUCUACCGAUACGAUUAGGAAUCUUAUUCUGCAAGAAAUCGGCGAACGAGGCUUUACACCCUCCACAACUUAUAAGCCCAAGAGCUCUACUUUAGCUGCCUUCAAAAACUUAAGUCUUUGUAAUUUCCGAUAUGACAAUGUACAGGAAAAUUUACAUGAUCCAUGGAACGAACUGAAAUACCCUACAUUUUUUAUUGGAUGCACUGAUAAAGAUGGCGAUCAGAAUUUUUCGGUUGCCUAUGCCAUUUGUAAAGUGAUUAAAGAAAUUUCGAAGCACCUGCAGGAGGAGCAUUUGGAGGGGAACGUACAUCAAAUUGCAAAAUUGAUGAAUGCAAGAGAUCUUCGGAUAGAAAUGACGUUAACCACCCAGUAUGAGGACAAUUUUGAUAACGGUACCCUAAAUGAGGACCGACUUUCCUAUAAGCGCAUCAAUCUGGUUUACUUUGGCGAGGGUGUUACCUCGCGGCUACUUGGGCGAAUGGUUGAUGUAUGGGAGUUUGAUUCUGACGGUAUGUUUGAAAGUGAAAAGCAAGCAGAAGAUUGGUUACCUUGCAGCGCUCGUCUUUCAGGCAUGGCGGCAUAUCUUCCCAUAAAAUGUGAUGCCCUGGAUAGCAUCACUUUGCUGCUUGAGGAUAUGAGACACGGAGACUGGAAGACGUCAAGCACGCUGGAUAUUGAUAACGGAUGGGAGGACUCUAUGGUUUGGUAG